AUGGCGCGUAGUCAUGCAUGUGCAUCUCGCGGAGAGCAAGAAGGAAGCAUUGAGCAGGCGCGCGCGAACGCGGGACGUUACCAGUACGACUACUUCGUGAAAACGCUGGGGCAUCAGCUCGAUUUUGAUGUGAACAGCAACGCAGACCGCGACAGGAUCAUCGAUAUGAUGACUGAGAAUGGAGCGUGGUGCGUUGGCACGCCUGACGAUCUCAUUGCUACCAUCAAGAGGCUCGACCAAGAGAGCGGCGGAUUCGGCGGAUUCAUGAUUCAGGCGACCGAAUGGGGCACGGAGAGAACAGAGACGGGUAUCAAGUUCAUCACCACGCGGCACGAGCAGGCAACUGCGUACAUGGCGGACGGUUACUCGCGUUCGGGGGACGACAUAGGCACUGCGCUCGUGGUACCGGGGCCGGGCUUGCAGAACGCAUCUGCGGCAAUCGGCACGGCAUUCGCAGCAUCCUCGCCUAUCAUGGUGGUGGCAGGGCAGGUGGAGCGCGACAUGAUUGGGGUUGACCGCGGCGUGCUGCACGAAAUCAACGACCAGCUCGACACGAUUCGCCCAGUUACCAAGUGGGCGCAGCGAAUCCUUGAUCCGCGUGAUGUGCCCGAAGCGGUGCAUGAGGCGUUUUACCAGCUCAAGUCGGGCAGGCCUCGCCCGGUGGAGAUUGAGAUACCGCCGGAGACGCUCGCCGAUGUAGCAGAAAUCGAGCUGCUCGAACCCGUCAACUACCAGCGCCAAGCCGCAAGCGCAGACAGCAUCCAAAGAGGGCGCGCGCAUUGCACUCGAAUCCAGACUCCACAGAUACUGCAGGGUCAGAGGGUUGUGCAGAUAGACAUAGACGAAGCCGAGCUUGGGCGGAACUACGAGAAUACCUUCGGCAUUGCGGGCGACGCCAAGAUGACUCUUGAAGAGUUGCUGAAGGCGGUCUCAGUCAUCAAGCCCGCGAGUGAGAGUCGUCAAGCUGAAAUCGAAGAGAUGCGCGAAGAGUUCUUUGGCGAGGGCCGCGCCCUGGAGCCGCUGCACUCGCUGUAA